AUGAUGAACAAUUCCACCGAAUGUCUUGGACCAAACAGCGUUGACCUACAAACCAAUUCGAAGAAUGCAAACUGCAGCACAAAGCUGGACGCUCAUGGUGGCGGUGGCAUUACAGCCUUGGGCAUUUCUGUCUCGAUUCUCCUCUGUUUCAUUACCCUGGCCACUGUAGUGUCCAAUGGAUUUGUAAUCGCCACCAUCUACCAGACCAGGAAGCUUCACACUCCCGCCAACAUCCUGAUCGGCUCUCUGGCCGUCACUGAUCUCAUGGUCUCCCUACUGGUGAUGCCCAUAAGUAUUGUCUAUACAGUCAGCGGCACCUGGAGUUUCGGGCAAGUUGUCUGCGAUAUCUGGCUGUCCUCAGACAUCACCUGUUGCACCGCCUCAAUCCUGCAUUUGUGUGUGAUCGCUUUGGACAGGUACUGGGCUAUCACCGAUGCGGUGGAGUACUCGGCUCGGAGGACACCUGAAAGAGCGGCUGGGAUGAUAGUCACGGUGUGGGUGAUCUCUGUCUGUAUUUCCAUACCGCCUUUAUUCUGGAGACAAGCCAAGGCGGUGGGGCUAACGGACUGCAUGGUCAACACCGACCAAAUCUUCUACACCAUCUAUUCAACCUUCGGAGCCUUUUACAUCCCCACUCUGCUGCUGAUCGCACUCUAUGGGAGAAUCUACGUGGAGGCAAGGUCCAGAAUCCUGAAGCAGACACCAAAGAACGCGGCCAAGAGACUGACCACGGCUCAGCUGGUAACCGACUCCCCGGGAUCCUCUUCACUUUCGGUGAACUCUCGAGCUAACGAGGCUUCCAGCGAGGCCGGGGGGUCUCCUGUCUAUCUGAACCACGUCAAGAUCAAAGUUUCUGAUGCUCUUUUGGAGAGGAAGCGGAUCUUGGCGGCCAGGGAGAGGAAGGCGACGAAAACACUGGGGAUAAUCUUGGGGGCGUUUAUCGUGUGUUGGCUGCCUUUCUUCAUCAUCACCCUGGUGAUGCCCAUCUGCAAGGAAGCUUGCUGGUUCCACCAUGCCAUCUUUGACAUCUUCAAUUGGCUGGGCUAUCUAAAUUCCCUCAUCAACCCCAUCAUUUACACUAUGUCUAACGACGACUUCAAGCAGGCGUUCCAGAAACUAAUCCGGUUUAGAUGACUGUGAAUCACCACGUAGUCUCACACUUGUACAAGACUGGAGCUGGAUGUUUAGAAGACUACUAACAAAGUACUGUUCUAUGAAAAAG